CUGCCUCAGUAUAUGAGUGAUGAUGGGUCGCAAUAUGACGGCGAUUGUGGAGAUGAGAGUGCACAUGGACUGUCCAGGAUGCGAGAGCAAGAUUAAGAAAGCUCUCAAGAAACUUGACGGCGUGGAUGAGGUCGACAUAGAGAUGGAGAAGCAAAAGGUGACCGUGACGGGAUGGGCAGACCAAAUGAAAGUUGUUAAAACAGUUAGGAAAACUGGAAGGAAAGCGGAGCUAUGGCCAUACCCAUACAACCCCGAAUACCACAGCUUUGCGCAUCGUUACUACAACUUCUACUGCAACCCAUCUACCCACUUCUCCAAACCAUACUCGUAUAACUAUCACAAACACGGAUACAAUGGUCAUGAUCACGGUUACUAUCAAGAAGCACCUUACUCGACCAUUAUCGACGAACAAACUAGCAAGAUGUUCAGCGACGAAAAUGCCACUGGCUGCUCUAUCAUGUGACAGUAUCGAGAUGGUUUGUAAACAAACUUCAUGUAUGUAUGGGUGUUCAUAUAUUUUCAAUGGACGAAUGUGACAAUAUAAUGCUUGGUUAUG